AUGAUAUCCCACUUGAAGAAUAGUCUAGCCGCCGCUGAAGCUGACUCUGACUGGCAGCUUUUUAAUGAAGAGAUCGAUAAACUCGAGACUCAGAUCGAUAAACUCGAGACUCAGCUUGCACCUGCCAAGGGAAAUGCAAAGAUCUCUAAUGGAGAAGAGGUUGGACAGAUCCGAGUUGCCUUGGAAGAGGCGCGGUCUAAGGGCAAGGUUUCAAAGGAAAAGAAUGACACUCUUGAGGCACAGCUUGCGGCAGCCAAGGAAGAUGGCAAGGCCUCGAACAAAAUGAUUGCCAAUCUUGAGACUGAGCUAACAGCCGUCAAAGAAGAUGCCAAUAACCUUUGGGAAAAGAUUGUCAAUUUCGAGACUGGGCCUCCGGUCGCCGAAGAAGAUGCCGAUUCAGUAGCCAUAUGCGUUGGCUUCAAACUGGACUGA